AUGGAAAACGCCAUAGCACUCCUUGAAGAAUAUGAAGGUGUAAAUACCCUUGUGACAUGCAAAGAACUCAACUUUCCAGGAGAACCCUUUGACAUCAGCUAUGAUAUGCUUAAUGAUGAAUCUGUAUGGGAAGAUCUGUUUUACGAUGAUCACUCUACACGUUCAUCUAAUGGUCCCUUUCUAUUCGAAAUAUCCAAGGAAGUGCUGGAUGAACGUGUGGAUAGUUUAAUGAGGAAACUCAUAAAAAGGCGAGAAUAUAGCACCAGGGGGCUAUAUAUAACAACCAUACUCAUAAAACUCAAUCCUGCAAAUUAUACUGCAUGGUAUUAUCGUAACGAAUGCAUCAAUCGUUUGAAUAUAUCGCUUGAAGAUGAACUUGAUUUUACGCGGAAGAUCACCCUAGAGAGUAUCAAAUCUUACCAACCUUGGAAUCAUAGACGUAAUAUUUGUCAACUUGCAAACAAUUGUUUUAAUGAGCUGGAGUAUAUAAAGUUGGAAAUCGCAACAUCACCGAAAAAUCAAUGUGCAUGGUCACAUCUGACAUGGUUAGUUGAUACGUUUGGGAUAGAUGAGGAUGGCAUCAAUAAAGAAAUCGAGUUUAUAGAUUUUUUAAUUGGUAGUGAUUCAUACAACAACUCCGUAUGGAACUAUAAAAACUUUAUAAUUAAAAGAUUUAAAGACGCUUUUGGACUGGAUUAUAUCGUCAAGGAGUGCAAAAACAACUUUGAACUCUUGAUGAAAAAGCCAAAAAAUGAAAGUCUUGUAAAUUACAUGACCAAUAUGCUCUCAUACUGUGAAACAUUAUUUUCAAAGUGCAUAAAUCUAGAUUUUUGUACCUCAACAUGUAAUGGACCACCGACUCUGUGUAUAAUAAGCGCAAUUGUAAAGUCACGUGGGAUAUCCACGCAGUUGCUGACACUAGUAGCCCAUAUUCUACAGAAUCAAAGUAUCGAUCAACUAUGUAACAAGGACGAGAUAUACAACAAGAUCGAGGUGUUAUUCGUAUGCUUCUAGUCUCUGAUCCGAUACGCUCAGAUUACUAUCGCAACCAGCUCGAUCCUGCAACAUGAUGAUAUUGUCUACACCACAACCAAGUAUGACAACUGACGCGUUUGGAACUGGAUAUAUACAGAGAAGCUACAUGUC